CUCAAAGCCAACAACAAACUCAAGGAAAUGAUUCAGAUACCUUCGGACGUUCAAAUUCCCGCAUCCCCACCACCGUGUUUGGCGAGCAAUAAUGGGCAAGAUGAAUCCCAAAAUGAUUUCUGCGAAGAUGUUGUUAGCCAGAAUCAAAAUGGAAUCCAUAAUAUGGUAACCAUGUCCAAGCGAGCGGGGAACUGCAUUAAUCCUAUUCGUGUCAUCUUGGAAAAUUUGUCUAUCCAACCGAAUCCCUGCAAACCUCUAGUAUCUUUGUCGCAAGGUGAUCCAUCUCUCUACAAUCUAUUCCCGAUCCACGAUGAAAUGAAAGAAGCCGUCAUAAACACUGUCAAAAGUGGGAAAUUCAACUCCUACAUUCCUUCAGCUGGACUCGAAUCAGCUAGGCAAGCCAUAGCCAAUCAAUAUAUCGAGCAGGGAAUCAAGAUCGAUUGGAAAAACGUUUUUUUGACAACCGGAUGUACCCAGGCCCUAUUAUGGUCCAUUGAAUGUUUAGCCGAUAAGGGAGACAAUAUACUUAUACCAAAGCCCUGUUUUCCUAUAUACAAAACUUUCGCUUCAAUGAAUGGAAUCGAAUAUCGGGAUUACGAUCUUCUGCCUCAAAAUUGUUGGGAAAUUAAUCUGGAUCAUUUAGAAUCCCUGAUAGACUCCAAGACGAAAGCCGUAAUUAUUAACAAUCCUUCGAACCCGUGCGGGUCUGUAUAUUCCAAGAAACACCUUCUAAGUUUCCUCAAGAUAGUAUCUAAAUAUAAUAUACCAGUGAUAUCGGACGAGGUCUACGCUCAUUUUGUAUUUCCUGGUCAAACGUAUCAUUCCAUUGCCGAUCUAACUUCCACCGUGCCAAUUAUAAUGUGCAAUUCGUUAAGCAAACGAUACAUCGUACCCGGUUGGAGAAUUGGAUGGGUGGCCAUUUAUGACCCCCUUCAUUGCUUGGGCCAAGUCCAAGAGGGUAUAAACCGGUUUUGCCAAGCCAGUUUUGGCGUUAACUCCAUGAUACAAGCGUCGUUACCUUUAAUAUUAACCAAAACCCCCGAUUCCUACUUUCAAAACGCUGUCCAAUUAGCCUACGAGAAUGCUCAAACAAUAACGAACGCUCUCGAAGCCGUUCCAGGUAUUAAUCCGAUAUUCCCGCAAGGAUCAAUGUUCAUGAUGGUUCAUAUAGCCUUGAAAUGUUUCCCCGAGUUCAAAAACGAAUAUGAAAUGGUGGAGAGACUCAUCCAAGAGGAAUCCGUUUUUCCGUUUCCUUCUUCGAUAUUUGGCAUAAAUGACUACCUCAGAAUUUCGUUGAUAGUUCCUAAAGAUAAUGCCAUUGUUGCGGCCAAAAGGAUGUCCGAAUUUUUCAAAAAUCAUUAUAAAUUUCAUAAUUCUUAGGGAAAAAAAAUUCCAUUUUUAAUUCCAUUACAUUAUAUAUUUAAAAUCUUUUUAAUCCGUUAUGUUUCAAAUUUUUCAAAAAUCAUUAUAAAUUUUAUAAUUCAUUAGAAAAAAUUUUGUUUUUAAUUCCAUACAUAUUUAUAUUUAAAAUCUUUUUAAAUCCUAAAUUUUUAACUAUUCCUAUCUUCCAUAAUUUUUUAAUUUUUAUUAUAUAAAAUUUUAAAUCAUAAAAGC